AGAAUUUGUUGUGGGAAAGGACGAAAGCACUGUACCACCAUAAAUCAUGCUCUGCUCUGCACAUUUGCAUGGUGUUGGUUUUCCUUCCAGAGGCACCCAACCAUGUCGUUGCCCGUAGCUGCUCUGCUUCUUCUGGCCAUGGCUAUGCCGUUGGUAGAGGUCACUGAUGCCGGCUCGGUCUUCAACGUCACGGAUUUCGGCGCGGUUGGCGACCGGAAGACGGAUAAUUCCAAGGCUUUUCUGAGGGCAUGGAUGAAGGCGUGCGCGUCGCCAGGGAGGCCGGCCGUCGUCGUCCCCAGGGGCGACUACCUGCUGCACCCGCUGGUGUUCCGGGGCCCGUGCAGGGGCUACAUGGAGAUGCACGUCGCCGGCGUCCUCCGAGCGCCGGCCGGCCUGGACGCGUUCCGGGGCUGCCAGGAGUGGGUCCACUUCACCAGCAUCGACGGGCUGCUGGUCACCGGCGGCGGCACGUUCGACGGCCGCGGCGCGACGGCGUGGCCGCUCAACGAGUGCCCCCGGAAACCAGACUGCAAGUUUCUCCCCACCUCCAUCAAGCUCGGGCGCGUGAGGAACGCGACCAUCACGGGCGUGACGUCGCUGGACAGCAAGUCCUUCCACGUCACCGUCGCCGGCAGCCAGGACGUGCACAUCCACCGCGUCAGCAUCCGGGCGCCGCGCGACAGCCCCAACACGGACGGAGUCCACAUCCAGGGCUCAUCCAACGUCCGCGUCACCGACUCGGCCGUUGGCACCGGCGACGACUGCGUCUCCGUCGGGCCCGGCACCUCCGACGUCCUCGUGUCCGGGGUGUCCUGCGGCCCCGGGCACGGCAUCAGCGUGGGCAGCCUCGGCAGGUACCCUGGCGAGGAGGACGUGCGGCGGCUGCGCGUGGCCAACUGCACCAUCGCCGGCACGUCCAACGGGGUGCGGAUCAAGACGUGGCGCGGCGGCUCGCGGCCCACCGCCGUCUCCGGGCUCGUGUUCGAGGACAUCGUCAUGAGGAUGGUCCGCAACCCCAUCAUCAUCGACCAGGAGUACUGCCCCUACACCUCCUGCCAUGAAUCGGAGCAGCGGCCGUCGGCGGUGAGGAUAAGCGACGUCAAGUUCAAGAACAUCAGAGGCGUGUCGGCGACCAAGGUGGCGGUGAAGCUGUCGUGCAGCGAGGCAAGCCCGUGCCGGGAGCUGGAGCUCAGGGACAUCGACCUGAGGUACGUCAGGCGCGGGGUGGCCACCCAGUCGCGGUGCGCGCACGUCGCCGGCGGUGUGGCCGGAGGCACGCUGGUCCCUCCCUCUUGCAUAUGAAAACUGCUGCAUACUAGAGAUCGAUGAAUUGGAAAAGAACGACUUUUUGCUUGAUUUAGUUGUGAAAUGUGGUUACCAGUAGUGAAAGAACAUAACGACAACACUGCUGUAUUGUAAGUUGUAAUCAAGUUCGUCAAUUGUCUGAUGCGAUGCCAAUUAUUUGCA